UUACGCAAAAGUUUAAAUGAGGGUAAAUGUAUGUAUCGAGAUAGUUCCAAGGCAGUACUAUCGAUAAUAUUUCCCGUAUAAUCGGUAAUGUGCGGCCACUAGUUUUGCAACAGAUGAUUUUUAAAAAGUAAGAAGUGCGAAAAGUGAAAAUUGAAAAUCUGUUUGGCUAAAUCAACAUUAUUAAAACAAAUAAAAGAAAAAAGGAAUAGCAGCAAAGUGAGAAAAGGAGUUUUUGUACAAGAUGAGUAAGCAUUUCAAAAAAUAUGGAGCACCAAAUCCCAAAACGUCGACCACAGCAAUUCCAAUGAAAAAGGCAAGAUAUGGCAUUGACACUGCCCACCUUGGACAAAACAUUAGUGUAUCCAGUGAAUGCACUAUAGAAUCACGUGGGAUCAGCGUUUCAACGUCGGCCACUAAAUAUACCAAUGAAUCCAACCAAGGCGUGUUUGAAGUUGUUUGCUGCAGCCACUGCAACACGUUUGAAAAGCAGUUACAGGAUAUUGGCAAAAAAUUAGACGACCUGCAAUUGAUAGUCGAAGCACAGAAUACUGCUAUAAUGGAUGCAAUAGCGGUCCAAAAGGUGGCGACUGAGCAAUUGAUUCGCCAAGAAUCAAAAAAUGCACCCAUCACAAAAUAUUUCCCAAUAAGUGACGUCCCAGAAAUGCAUCAGUUGGAGGAAAAAAUUACCCCUACUAACAGAGAUGUAUAUGAAUCUGCGAUGUCUGCUAUUUUAUGCAACAAUCUCAGAAAUAUAAGGCUGCUGUUAAAUAAGGACGUCAUAGCGUCAAUAAACGUGGAUGGUUCACAUGGAAAGAUAAGCUUAAAAUCUUUCCCAAAUUUUUAUGCUUCAUUGACUGGAGCCAUUGCCAAAUUACCAUUUAAGGGAUUGUCGCCGGAGGACGCGCUGCGCAAAGCCAUUGCUUUCGGAAAAGCUAAAUGCUUUAAGAAAGCUUAUCGACAAAAAAAGAAGAAUUCUGCAUCUUAA